AUAUAAAGUUUUUCCCACAGGUCAAUAUUCGUCGUCGUUUGUUCUAGAGGACAGCCUUACAUUACACGUUUGUAUAAUUGAAUUAAAUUUCACAUUCUCCUUUCGUAACCCUAGAUCCCCCUUUCCUUCUGCCAUCUCCUUCAACAACCGGAAUUCAAUCUCAGACAGUCAGAGAGAGAGAGCCAUGGAUGAUAGCUGUGCGGUGUGCGCCGACUCUCUGGAAUGGGUCGCCUACGGGCCCUGUGGUCAUCGGGAUGUGUGCUCCACCUGCGUCGCUCGUCUCCGCUUCAUCUGUGAUGAUCGCCGCUGUUGUAUUUGCAAGACCGAGUCCGACAUCAUCUUCGUCACCAAGGCUUUGGGAGACUACACAAGGACGAUUAGCGACUUUUCGGUGUUGCCAUCUGAAGUGAAGGAGGGCCGUGUGGGAUCAUACUGGUAUCAUGAGGACACACAAGCAGUUUUCGAUGAUGUGGAUCACUACAAGAUGAUCAAAGCAAUGUGCAAGCUUUCAUGCAGUAUAUGCGAUAAGAUAGAGGAACAACAGAAUGAUGGUUCAAAGUGUCGUAUGAGGUUUCGGAAUAUUGGACAGCUAAAGGGUCAUUUGUUUCACAAGCACAGAUUGUUUAUGUGCAGUCUAUGCUUAGAAGGAAGGAAGGUAUUUAUUUGUGAACAGAAGUUAUAUACUAGAGCACAACUGAAUCAACAUAUAAGCACAGGUGACUCUGAAGUGGAUGGAACUGAGAAUGAAAGAGGUGGUUUCUCGGGGCAUCCGACAUGUGAGUUCUGUAAAACCCCAUUUUAUGGGGAUAAUGAGCUCUACACACAUAUGUCUACAGAACACUACACUUGCCAUAUAUGCCAAAGGCAGCAUCCUGGACAAUAUGAGUAUUAUAAGAAUUAUGAUGACCUGGAGAUACAUUUCCGUCAAUCCCAUUUUCUAUGUGAAGACGAGGCUUGCCUUGCUAAAAAGUUUAUUGUCUUCCAAUCUGAAUCUGAAAUGAAGAGACAUAAUGCUCUUGAACAUGGAGGGCAUAUGUCCCGUUCUAAGCGUAAUGCGGCUCUUCAGAUACCAACAAGCUUUAGAUACAGAAGCAGUAAUGAACAAGAUCAUUGCAGAGGAAGAGGAAGAGGAAGGACAUUUCGUCCUGAUUUUUCUGAGAAUCAACUUUCCAUGGCAAUUCAUGCAAGUCUUGAGACAGCCAUUAUAGAUAAUACGUUACAUGAUGCACCAUCAUCAUCUGGCGGGCAAGUUGCUCCUAAUAUUGGGAUUGGAAGCGAUAUUGAUGAAAUCAUUCAUCCAUUUGAAUCACUAGCUACUACUGAUGCUGAAUCAUCAUCUAGAUACCUUCAAGCUUUGGGGCAGAAGUCAAGGUUUAAACCUCCAGAAGGAUCUUCCUUUCCUCCUCUCGCCACGGCACCUGGCAUCAGUGAGCUUAAAUCUAGACAUGACUCAGAUGGUUUACCUAACAACACUAUGGCCGCACAUCUUCGUCGUCGUCAAAGUAAUCGCAAUGCAAGUGCUCUUAGUUCAGGCCAGGCUUGGCCAGCAGCUAGCCGUGGACCUCAAUUACGACCGAAUAAUUCGUCUCAAGCUUGGCCUACUAUGAGUGCUGUGUCUGGAACCUCACGCGCUUCAAGCCAGAACAAGAUGAACUCUGGUAAUGCACCUGGUCCAUCUACGUAUGCAAGUUUUACUCGAGCUCGACCCACAACAGUCAGUGGGCAAUCAUCUGGUUCCUCAAGGGACACAGGAAACCCUGUCAGGAUCACUCACUCUGCAUCUGCACCUAAUCUGGUUGCGAAAGGAUCUACUGAGUCUUCAAUUUCAGAUUUCCCUCCAGUUUCUGCAGCAGCAAAAUCACGCAAGCUGCCUUUGAGUAACCAGGCUUUGCCGAAUACAGAGGAUGUUCACACUGCAAACAAGUCUUUAGUGGAAAAGAUUCGGGCUGCUCUUGAAUUUGAUGAAGACAAAUACACUGCAUUCAAAGACGUAUCUGGACAAUAUCGUCAGGGUUUAAUCGACACAGAAAGAUAUCUGAAUUAUGUGCAGCAUUUUGACUUGUUGCAUCUUGUCCUUGAUUUAGCUAGACUCUGUCCUGAGACAGCAAAGCAAAAAGAGCUCAUUGACGCCUACAAUGCUAGAGUUCAGAGCAAUACUGAUCAGGGGAAUAGCUCAGCCCGUGGUAAAGGUUUGAAGAAAGGUAAAGGAAAGGGCUUAGUCGCUGAAGACAAGAAUUCUAAAGAUACACUUGCAGAUAACUUUCUAAGUUCUGUACGGAAACUUCAAUCAGGUUACAACCUGUCAGGAGAAAAUGUUGAGGUAUUGUUGAAGGAUGGAUAUCGCACUACAAACGGUGAAUCAAAGUUGAUAAUCAAUGAGCAGCCCGCGGAAUUGAAUAAUCAUAGUCAACCCUUGAUGAAACCAGGUGGUUCGACGGAUUUGCCAUCGAGUGCUAGUGGAAAAUCGGGGGAGGGGGGAGGAGGGAGUAAGCAACGGAAGAAAACCUCAAAAUUCCAUCGAGUUAGAUUAGGUGAUGGUUCAGUUGCAGCACUUUUGGAUCUUAAUCGUUCUGAUCCACAUCCUGAUUCGGAUCCAACAAAAGAGCAAUUAGAUGGGAAUGGCAACUCUGCUGGAGGGUUACCUGUUAGUGGUGUUUGGCGAAACGGGGGAGGUCAUAGACUCCUUUCUUAGCGCUUUUUGGAAGGAAAUCUUCACAAUGUUGUGUUUUUGGCUGUAGAUUUUGUGAAGUUCUACAAUUAUAAUGCAUUGCCGGCUUAAGGGUAAAGGCAAGGCAAACUGCCUAAGUCCUCUAUUAAGUUGAGGCCUAAGUCCUCUAUUAAGUUGAGGCCUAAGUCCUCUAUUAAGUUGAGGCCCCUUAUUAUUAGGACCAUUACCUUGAUACCUCAGCAUAUUGAACAUAUUAGUUCGUUCCUUUCUUUUCAAAAAAAAAAAAA